CAGGAAGAAUAACACAAUAAGGCAUGGGAAAAAUAAUGGAAAGUUCAGCUUCACCAAAUGGUUCAUUUACUAGUGCCAUGACACUUACUGAAGAGGAACUAACCUGUGUUCCCAAGCGUUAUAUCCUUCCACCAUCCUUACGGCCCAAUUGUACCUUGCCAAUUGUGGAUCUAUCUUAUCUGCAAUACCCUCAUCUUCGAUCUCAGAUAAUUCAGGAAGUACACCUGGCUUGCAAGAAAUUUGGUUUCUUCCAGGUAAUUAACCAUGGAAUCCCAAUGUCAGUCAUGAAAGAUGCCAUAGAAGUUGCGAGUGAAUUCUUCAAUUUACCAACUGAAGAGAAAAGACAUCUCUUGUCUUCAAAUGUUCAUGACCCCGUAAGAUAUGGUACCAGUCUAAAUCAUGUCAAAGACAAAGUAUACUUUUGGAGAGACUUCCUCAAGCACUAUGCUAAUCCAACCUCAACGUGGCUCGACUUUUGGCCAUCAAAUCCCACAAGUUACAAGAAGAAAAUGGGAAACUACACAGUGGCAGCACAAAAGUUGCAAGAAGGACUCAUGAAAAUGAUAUUUGAGAGCUUAGGACUAAACAGUAAUUACUUACAUGAAGACAUUACAGAAGGUUCCCAGGUCAUGGCAGUCAAUUGCUAUCCAGCAUGUCCUGAGCCAGAUCUUACUCUAGGAUUGCCACCACAUACAGAUUACGGUAUGCUAACGAUCAUUCUUCAAAACCAUCUGGGCUUACAAACCAUGGAUCGAGAUGAAAAGUGGCAUUCAGUUCCACUCAUUGAAGGGGCUCUCAUUGUUCAAUUGGGAGAUCAAAUGGAAGUAUUGAGCAAUGGUAGAUACAAAAGUGUUCUUCAUCGAGCAACAGUUAACUCAGAAAUAAAGCGCAUUUCAAUUGCAAGCCUUCAUAGUCUAGCUUUAGGUAAAAAAGUUAGACCUGCAUCAGAGCUUGUCAAUGAACAACAUAUCUUAUCCUAUAAAGAAGGAGGCUUCAGUGAUUUUCUAGAUUUCAUUUCUGGAGAAGAUAUCGUAGAAGCUAAGUAUAUAGACAAAUUAAAAAUAAACUCAUGAAGAUUAUGAGAAAUGAACAGCAGAGCAGAGCAGAGCAAAGCAUACAAGAAAUCUCUUCUUUAACAAAUUCUAUGCCACACAACCUCUGUAUCCGUACUGUUUAAAUACACACGCACAUAACUAGUAAUUAUUUGUUCUAAUACUAAUAUCAAUCGUCAGGGUCUCUUCAUUCUUCAUGUACAAGAUCUCACUAUGACAAAUAAAUUUUCAAACAAAGUUUAUCAGUUCAUUUA